GCUUCCGGUGCGGGUACCGAGUGGCGGCUGAAGCCGAAGCCGAAACCGGGGAACGGGCAGGGACGCGGAGACGGGCACCAUGGCAGACGGCGGGUCGGAGCGCGCUGACGGUCGCAUCGUGAAGAUGGAGGUGGACUACAGCGCCACGGUGGACCAGCGCCUGCCGGAGUGCGAGCAGCUGGCCAAGGAAGGAAGACUCCAAGAAGUCAUUGAAACUCUUCUCUCCUUGGAAAAACAGACUCGUACGGCUUCUGACAUGGUGUCUACGUCCCGUAUCUUAGUUGCGGUGGUGAAGAUGUGCUAUGAAGCUAAAGAAUGGGAUUUGCUUAAUGAAAACAUUAUGCUUUUGUCCAAAAGGCGGAGUCAGUUAAAACAAGCUGUUGCAAAAAUGGUUCAGCAGUGCUGUGCUUAUGUUGAGGAAAUCACAGACCUUCCAAUCAAACUUCGAUUGAUUGAUACUCUCCGAAUGGUCACAGAGGGAAAGAUUUAUGUUGAAAUUGAACGUGCUCGGUUGACUAAAACUUUGGCAACCAUUAAAGAGCAGAAUGGUGACGUCAAGGAGGCAGCCUCCAUCCUGCAGGAGCUACAGGUGGAAACGUAUGGGUCAAUGGAGAAGAAAGAACGAGUGGAAUUCAUUCUGGAGCAAAUGCGGCUCUGCCUCGCAGUGAAGGAUUACAUUCGAACACAAAUCAUCAGUAAGAAAAUUAAUACCAAAUUUUUCCAGGAAGAAAAUACAGAGAAAUUAAAAUUGAAAUACUAUAACUUAAUGAUUCAGCUGGAUCAACAUGAGGGAUCCUACCUGUCUAUUUGUAAGCACUACAGAGCCAUCUAUGACACUCCCUGUAUACAGGCAGAAAGUGAAAAGUGGCAGCAGGCUCUGAAAAGUGUUGUUCUGUAUGUGAUUCUGGCCCCGUUUGACAAUGAACAGUCAGAUUUGGUUCACCGAAUAAGUGGUGAUAAGAAGCUAGAAGAAAUUCCCAAAUACAAGGACCUCCUCAAGCUGUUCACAACGAUGGAGCUGAUGCGCUGGUCCACGCUGGUGGAGGACUACGGCGUGGAGCUGAGGAAAGGCUCGCCCGAGAGCCCUGCCACCGACGUCUUUGCCUCCACCGAGGAAGGAGAGAAGAGGUGGAACGACCUGAAGAACAGAGUGGUUGAGCAUAAUAUUCGAAUAAUGGCCAAGUACUAUACCCGGAUAACAAUGAAAAGAAUGGCACAGCUUCUGGAUUUAUCUGUUGAUGAAUCAGAAGCCUUCCUCUCAAAUCUGGUAGUCAACAAGACCAUCUUUGCCAAAGUAGACCGAUUGGCCGGAAUUAUCAACUUCCAGAGACCCAAGGAUCCCAAUAAUUUAUUAAAUGACUGGUCUCAGAAACUGAACUCACUGAUGUCUCUGGUUAACAAGACUACACACCUGAUAGCCAAAGAGGAAAUGAUACAUAACCUGCAGUGAGGGCCUGCCUGCUCUGAGUCACAGGUGGAAGUCAUUAAAGCAAAGACUGUUAUCCUGGUGUAUAUGUUGUUUCUUUCUGUUCUCAGCUCCUUUGUCUGAAAUUUUAAAAUAGUGAACACGUUUGAGGCGAGCUCACCCUUGGAGCUCCCUGGCUGUGUUGUUAACCUUGGAGUUUGCAAUUGGUGCAAAAUUAGGAUACAUUGCUGUUGACUGGAUACACAAAACUGUGUUAUAACUUACCCAAAUAUGUUUUUAUAUCAUUUGAAGACUUUUUAGCUAUUAUUUGUUUUCAUUCAACUAGCAGUCAUAUAGAGUAAUAAUAAACACAGUAUAUGUACAUUCA